GACGCGAUACAAAUGCUGUUUCCAACCCCGCCUGUACUAGAGAAUCACAUCUGCUGACAAAAUAAGGAGUGUAAAUCUAAGCUUUGACGAAAUCAUCUAUCAUAGUUAAAGACUAGCAAUUUUAAACUAGCAAUACUGUGAAAACACACUAGGUCUCUAAGAACACACACUAAUAAUAUUUUGUGUGCUCCAUUGCUAUUUAUACAAUUGUAGUAGUGCAUUUCUGCUCGUAAACAUUUUUAAAUAUACUGAACCGGUUACAUCCAAUUCUCCUCACGGCUGUUGUUUAUCUUGAGAGGUCAUCAUGGGUAUUGGCGACCCUCUUGAGAUCUCAGGCAGUGAGUUAGUUCAUAUUUUGCGGACUCCCUGUGAGCUCUUCACGUCUGGCGGAUGUAUCGUGCUGGACUGUCGGCCUUUCCUCUCCUUCUCUCGGGCGCACAUCGUGGAGUCCCGCAACGUGAACUGGAACUCAAUGCUGAGGAGAAGAUCCAAAAGCUCGGUGGUGUGUCUGGAGUGGCUGGUGGCCGAUAAGUCGCUUCUGGCCCAGCUGCGGAACGGAGACUUCUCUCCGGUGAUCGUCCUGGAUGAGAACAGUCGGUCGGUGGGAGAUCUGAAGAGUGAAAGUCUGGCCAACCUCCUGAUAAGUGCCCUUCAACUAGAGGUCCAGUCUGCAUCCACUCAGAUCUGCUUUUUACAAGGUGGAUUUGAUGGAUUUUUUACACUGUAUCCCGAGCUUUGUUUUAACACUCCGGUCAUGUGUUCAAAUCACCCUGCUCUCGCUGACCCGGAGCCUAUUGUGUCAGGAAGAAAGACCCCCCUCUAUGAUCAGGGUGGUCCGGUUGAGAUCCUCCCCUUCCUCUUUCUGGGCAGCGCCCAUCACUCGUCCAGACUGGAGACUCUGGAGCGAUGUGGGAUCACGGCUGUGCUUAAUGUUUCCUCCUCCUGUCCGAACCUGUUUGAGAAAGAACUUCAGUACAAGACGCUAAAGGUGGAGGACAGCUUGGCUGCAGAUAUUCGUGUGCUUUUUCCCGAGGCUAUCCACUUUAUUGAUUCGGUUAAAGAGAACGGUGGGCGAGUGUUGGUCCACUGUCAAGCAGGGAUCUCCAGGUCAGCGACCAUUUGCCUGGCAUACCUGAUACACGCUCGCCGUGUCCGCCUCGACGAGGCCUUUGACUUUGUAAAACGCCGCAGACAAGUCAUCUCACCCAACCUUGCUUUCAUGGGCCAGCUGCUGCAGUUUGAGACAGAUGUUUUGUGCCCAUAUUCGGUACUAGACCGAGAAAACAGUGCCACUGCAUUUUAGUGUCUGUGUACAGAUGGAAGAAAUCUUGCCUUCAAUGAUCCGUGACAGAACAUUACAAACUUGAGACUUUGUCCAGAAGACAGAUCUACUGUACAGCAUGAAUAUCAAAGACUGAGAAUCUGACAAAUGUAAGGUGCUUUUGUGUUUAGCGUGACGUCGACUCAGGUGCACAUUUCCAAUCCUACGGGUAAACAAAUGUUUGAAUGCCAUUCUACUUCAGCAGGAUUAUGGCACAGGGUAAAUAUCUUUUAACAGGACCAGGCGAGGAGUUUAAAGUCAUCACCCCUUUAAAUGAACACCAUAGUAGACUCAGCUGUUGUAGAUAACAUCAGCAGACUUCCUUUACUUGAUUGUUUACGGCAAUACACAAACUAUAUAGCUGAAUGGUUGUCUGUGUCACCAAACAAUAAUAAUGUCAUCACUGACACAUUUAAGGACAACGCUGCUAUACCCUUAUGGAAAAAAAAUUUGUUGUAUGUUACUGUGACAUUGUGUAAAUUAAUGCUUACACAUAACAAUUUGAGAGCUUUGUGAGACAAUCAACCUGACAGCCAAACCUCUAUUGGUAGUUUAAAACCUGAGAAUAAUAAAAGCAAUGAAUUUUGGUUGUUUUUUACAAUGUUCUCAGGAUGUACGUCUGCAGAUCACAUAGCAUAAUUUUAUUGCAUCACUCAACGCUCCAUUUGACUGUACCGACUGAACCUGUGACUAUAUAUGGGCGUGACUUGUGGUUAGUUUUCUUUGUGGUAAAUGUCAAGUUUUUCCACAAAGUUAUUGUCUAAUUGUUAGUCUGAGUUUUAAAGGGCAAAGACCUGACAAACUGUGAUCUUAGGUCAUUUUAAAAGGUAAAUUGUGUGACGUAGAUAACAGGCACAAAAGCUUGUUUUCUAAUCAAUAUGUGUGUGUUUUAUUUUUAAGGUAUUAUUUAAUUUUCUUUUUUGUGAAUAUUUAUUUAUGUAUUUCAGUUCAAGCUAUGCACUUUAAAUGUAAAUGUUUUUGUAUAUAAUAAGAUGUUUUUUAGCUGCAUUCUUCACUUUGAAAUGUAAAUAAUGUAGUCCAAUAUUUUUUUUUAAAGCACAACUGAAUGAUGUCAAUUAAAUCAGGCUCUAUUUUUUAAUAAAUGUGACCCUGCCUA